CUCUCACAAUUUUACUAUCCCCAAAUCUUCUCCAAGAUUUCUGUACAGUUUCAAUGUCCAAAGCUUUCGCCUUUCUGCAGUAAAUACUGAAUAGAAUAGGGCAGUAGGGUUUUGUUGAUAUGGAUAGCCUGAGAUCGACCUUGCCGUCGAGGCUGCGGCAACUUCUUUCUGGCGAAGGAGCAAUCGGUCCCUCUGUGAAGCUGUAUUCUGAGCCUCCUAAAAAAGUUAAAGCAUUUAUAGAUAAGGUGAUCCAAUGCCCAUUACCGGAUAUAGCUAUACCUCUUUCCGGGUUCCGGUGGGAGUAUGGCAAGGGAAAUUUUCAUCACUGGAGGCCAUUGUUUCAUCAUUUUGAUGCAUAUUUCAAGGCUUACAUAUCUUGUAGAAAUGACCUCCUCUUAUCUGAUAGUCUGGUAGAUGUUAACCCAUUUCCGAAGCAAGCAGUUCUCCAGAUUUUGCGGGUUAUGGAAAUCAUUUUAGAAAAUUGCCAUAAUAAGAGUUCAUUUAGUGGUUUAGAGCAUUUCAAGCUUUUGCUUGCUUCAACUGAUCCCGAAAUCGUUAUUGCAACUCUAGAGACAUUGUCUGCACUGGUUAAGAUAAAUCCGUCCAAACUGCAUGCGAGUGGGAAGUUGGUUGGAUGUGGGUCGGUAAAUAGUUGCCUUUUAUCUCUUGCACAAGGGUGGGGAAGCAAGGAAGAAGGAUUGGGAUUGUACUCUUGUGUUACGAUCAAUGAAAGGAGCCAAGAGGAAGGGUUAUCUUUGUUCCCAUCUGAUGUUGAGACGGAUGCUGGUAAAGCACUGGGAUCAACACUUUAUUAUGAAUUGCAUGGUGGUAAAAGUUCUGAAAAUGUAAAUGAUGGCUUAGCAUCUUCAUCCACGAGUGUAAUUCACCUACCAGAUCUCCAUCUGAGGAAAGAGGAUGAUCUGUCCCUCAUGAGCUGGUGUCUAAAAGAGUACAAUGUGCCCCCUGAGCAUCGGUUCUCUUUACUGACCAGAAUCAGAUAUGCGCAUGCAUUUCGUUCUCCAAGAAUAUGCCGGCUGUACACCAAGAUAUGUCUCCUUUCCUUCAUUGUGCUUGUCCAAUCUAGUGAUUCUCAUGAUGAACUUGUUUCUUUUUUUGCGAAUGAGCCUGAAUAUACAAAUGAGUUAAUCAGGAUUGUGAGGUGUGAAGAAAACAUAUCUGGUGCUAUUAGAACGCUUUCAAUGAAUGCUCUGGGGGCUCAACUCGCUGCAUAUUCCUCGUCCCAUGAGCGGGCUCGUAUUUUGAGUGGUUCAAGCAUAAGCUUUGCAGGUGGUAAUCGGACGAUUCUUCUGAACGUUCUUCAAAGAGCAAUAUUAUCACUGAAUAGCUCUAGCGAUCCUUCAUCUGUUGCCUUUGUGGAAGCACUUGUUCAGUUCUAUUUGCUUCAUGUCAUUUCAUCUUCAAGUUCUGGGAGUGUGGUUAGAGGUUCAGGGAUGGUUCCUGCUUUUUUACCACUUUUGGAGGAUACUGAUCCAAUGCACUUGCAUCUUGUGUGUUUAGCAGUCAAAACUCUGCAAAAGCUCCUAGAUUACAGCAAUGCAGCUGUGACACUUUUCAAGGAUUUAGGUGGGGUGGAACUUUUGGCUCAUAGAUUGGAGAUAGAAGUACGCAGAGUGAUUGAUGCAGGAGGAGCUGGUGAGAGUUCUAUGGCUAUUGGUGAAUGCUCCAAGUCUAAUGCUGAGCAAAUUCACUCUCAGAAAAGGCUCAUCAGGGUGUUAUUGAAGGCACUUGGUUCUGCUACUUAUGCCCCGGCAAAUUCAACAAGAUCCCAGAAUACGUCUGAUGGUUCUUUACCUGCCACCUUAUCGGUCAUUUUCAGCAAUGUGGAAAAGUUUGGAGGUGAUAUUUAUUACUCUACUGUCACAGUCAUGAGUGAAAUGAUUCAUAAAGACCCUACAUGUUAUCCUGCUCUGCAUGAUAUGGGUCUUCCUAAUGCUUUUCUUUCAUCAGUCGUGACUGGUAUAUUACCUUCUUCAAAGGCUCUUACAUGUGUUCCUAAUGGUCUUGGUGCAAUUUGUCUUAAUGCCAAGGGUUUGGAGGCUGUGAAAGAAACUUCAGCACUACGCUUUCUUGUUGAAAUAUUUACGGACAAAAAAUAUGUGGUCUCCAUGAAUGAAGGUAUUGUCCCUCUGGCAAAUGCAGUGGAAGAGCUUCUGCGCCAUGUUUCCUCGUUGCGAAUUACUGGUGUUGAUCUGAUCAUUGAAAUUAUUAAUAAGAUUGCUAUGCUUGGCGAUGCUAAGGCUGUAGAACCAUCAGGAAAUUCUAAUGGAAGUACUGCUAUGGAGAUGGAUUCUGAGGAUAAGGAAAACAUGGGUCCUUGCAGCUUGGUUGAUGCAUCUGGUUCAACUUCUGAAGGAGUUACGAAUGAACAAUUUAUUCAGUUGAGCAUCUUCCAUGUGAUGGUGCUUGUCCACAGGACACUGGAAAAUUCUGAAACCUGUAGGUUAUUUGUGGAAAAGUCAGGAAUUGAAGCUUUGUUCAAACUUCUUCUGAGGCCAAGUGUUACACAGUCUUCUGAAGGAAUGUCUAUAGCACUACACAGCACUAUGGUUUUUAAGAGUUUUGCUCAACAUCAUUCUGCACCUUUAGCCCGGGCCUUCUGUUCUUCCCUCAAGGACAAUCUGAAAAAGGCUUUAGCUGGAUUCGCUGAUGUUUCUGGAUCUUUUCUGCUGGAUCCUAAGGUGAUUCCAGAUAAUGGACUUUUUUCCUCAUUGUUUAUAAUUGAGUUCCUCUUAUUUCUGGCGGCCUCAAAAGACAAUCGCUGGGUAACGGCAUUGCUUACAGAAUUUGGGAAUGAAAGCAAGUCUGUCUUAGAAGAUAUUGGCCGAAUUCACCGUGAGGUCCUGUGGCAGAUUGCUCUUCUUGAAGAUACAAAAUUAGAAGUAGAAGAUGAUGUUGCUGGCUCUGCUGAUGAGUCACAGCAGACUGAGAUUGAUAUGAUUGAUUCCCAAGAGCAACGGUUCAACUCUUUCAGGCAGUUUCUCGAUCCAUUGCUUAGAAGAAGGACGUCUGGAUGGAGUGUGGAAUCACAGUUUUUUGAUCUCAUAAAUCUAUAUCGUGAUCUCUCUCGUGCUUCAGGUCUUCAGCAACGACAGGGGGUAGAUCUUUCUAAUUCACGUUCUGGGGUUAGUCAUCAAUCUCAGCCGUCUGUUUCUACAAAUGGAAGUGAUCCUAGUGGAGGGAAGGACGAGGACAGGCAGAGAUCCUAUUAUCAUUCUUGUUGUGAUAUGAUGAGAUCAUUAUCAAUUCAUAUAACCCAUUUGUUUCAAGAGUUGGGAAAGGUAAUGCUUCUUCCAGCUCGUCGACGAGAUGAUAUGCUCAACGUAUCUCCUUCUUCAAAAUCAGUUGCUUCUACAUUUGCUUUAGUUGCAUUGGAUCAUAUGAACUUUGGAGGCCAUGUAAGCUCAGGUGGAUCAGAGGCAUCUAUAUCUACUAAAUGUCGCUAUUUUGGCAAGGUGAUCGAGUUUAUUGAUGGCAUUUUACUUGACAAGCCCGAUUCGUGUAAUCCGGUUAUUUUGAACUGCUUGUAUGGACGUGGGGUGAUCCAGUCAAUCUUGACCACAUUUGAAGCUACCAGUCAAUUGCUUUUGACUGUCAACAGAGCCCCUCCUUCUCCCAUGGAGACUGAUGAAGGAUCGAUGAGGCAGGAUACUGUAGAAGAAGUAGAUCAGCCAUGGAUAUAUGGUCCUUUAGCUAGCUAUGGCAAACUUAUGGACCAUUUGGCAACUUCAUCUUUCAUUUUAUCUCCUUUUACAAAGCACUUGCUUACUCAGCCUUUAGUAAGUGGGGAUGUUUCAUUUCCUCGAGAUGCUGAGACAUUUGUUAAGAUCCUGCAAUCUAUGAUACUGAAAGCAGUGCUGCCUGUUUGGUCUCACCCACAAUUCACAGAAUGCAAUCAUGAUUUCAUUGCCACACUUAUAAGCAUUAUCAAACAUGUUUACUCUGGAGUCGAAGUGAAAAAUGUCAAUAGCAAUUUAACCCGGUUGGCAGGCCCUCCCCCAAAUGAAUCAACUAUUUCAACAAUCGUCGAGAUGGGUUUUUCGCGGCCCCGGGCUGAAGAGGCUUUGAGACAAGUUGGUUCAAACAGUGUUGAGUUGGCAAUGGAAUGGUUAUUCUCACAUCCAGAGGAAACUCAAGAAGAUGAUGAACUUGCCCGUGCACUUGCUAUGUCCCUUGGGAAUCCUGGAUCAGAGACAAAUGACGAGACCACAAAUGAAUCUAGUCAAUCUGUCGAUGAAGAUUUGGUUCAACUGCCUCCUAUUGAUGACUUACUUACAACCUGCAGGAAGCUUCUGCAAAUGAAGGACUCUCUGGCUUUCCCCGUUAGGGGCCUUCUGCUGAUGAUAUGCUCUCAGAAUGAUGGUCAUAACCGGUCCCAUGUUAUCUCUUUCUUAAUUGACCAGGUGAAGCUUUGUUGUAAUAUUUCUGAAACUGGAAACAGCAGCAUGCUCUCUUCUGUUUUCCAUGUUCUUGCCUUGAUGUUAAAUGAAGAUCCUGCUGCUCGGGAAGUUGCUGCAAACAAUGGCCUGGUUAAAGUUGCAUCAGAUCUCCUUAUAAACUGGAAUGCAGCUUCGUUCAAUCAGGACACAUCUCAAGUUCCCAAAUGGGUAACAGCCGCAUUCGUUGCCAUUGAUCGUCUUGCUCAGGUUGAUCAGAAGUUAAAUAUUGAUGUUUCAGAGUUUUUGAAGAAGGAUGAGAUUAGCAGUCAGACAUCAGUUGUCAUAGAUGAGGAUAGACAGAACAAGCUGCAGGCAACGUUGGGCUCGUCUUCAAAGCACUUGGGUGUGGAGGAACAAAAGGGACUUAUUGAAAUAGCUUGUGCUUGUAUCAAGAGACAGCUUCCUUCGGAUUCUAUGCAUGCUGUUUUGCAGCUAUGUUCUACUCUGACAAGGACCCAUUCAGUUGCAGUGAAUUUCCUUGAUGCUGGUGGUCUGCAGUCGCUGCUUGCUUUGCCAACUAGUAGCCUGUUUGUUGGGUUUGACAAUGCUGCUGCUACCAUAAUUAGGCAUAUUCUUGAAGAUCCCCAGACCCUUCAGCAAGCAAUGGAAUCUGAAAUAAAGCAUAGUGUUGCAACUGCAGCCAAUAGGCAGUCUACUGGAAGGCUCACACCUCGCAGUUUUCUGUCAAAUUUGACCACUGUUAUUCAGCGUGACCCUGUGAUUUUUAUGAAAGCUGCUCAGGCUGUGUGCCAGAUUGAGAUGGUUGGUGAGAGGCCAUAUGUAGUGUUGCUGAAAGAUCGGGAGAAGGAGAAAUCAAAGGAGAAAGAGAAGGAUAAGGAGAAAGAGAAAGUGGAGGAGAAAGAAAAAUUACAGAACAGUGAAGGGAAACUUAAUCUGGGUAACAUGAGUUCUGUAUCUCCUGGCCAUGGAAAACUUCUUGACACAGCUUCAAAGAAUGCCAAAGCUCAUCACAGGAGACCUCCUCAUAGCUUUGUAUCUGUUAUUGAGCUUUUGUUGGAUACAAUUAUUACUUUUGAGCCUCCUGUAAAAGAAGAAUCGUCGAUGAAAGAGAGCUCACUGUUGGCUGACAUGGACAUUGAUGCGUCUGGAGCAAAAGGCAAGGGGAAAGCAAUUGCUUCAUCAGAGGGAAAAGAGGCCGGUGAGCAGGACUCAUCGGCUACCAUGGCAAAGAUUGUGUUCGUAUUGAAGCUUCUUACUGAGAUUCUACUGAUGUAUGCAUCUUCUAUUCAUGUUGUGCUCCGGAAAGAUUCUGAAGUUGGUAGCUACAGGCCAGAACGGGGUUCUACAGCUGGAAUUUUCCACCAUAUUCUUCAUAAAUUCUUACCGCAUCUAAAAAAUUCUAGGAAGGAAAGGAAGACAGAUGUGGAUUGGAGGCAUAAACUUGCGAGCAGAGGUAACCAGUUCCUGGUUGCAUCUUGUGUUCGUUCAACAGAAGCACGGAAGAGAAUCUUUACUGAGAUAAGCUACGUUUUGAAUGAUUUUGUGGAAGCAUCUAAAGGGUUCAGGGGUCCUGACACUGAUAUUCAAUCUUUUGUUGAUUUCCUCAAUGAUGUGCUGGCAGCUCGCAGUCCUACUGGUUCAUAUGUUUCAGCUGAGGCAUCAGUUACUUUUGUUGAUGUCGGUCUUGUUCGAUCCUUAACCAGAGUCCUUCAUGUCUUAGAUCUGGAUCAUGCUGAGUCACCGAAGGUGGUCACUGGACUUGUGAAAGUUUUAGAAUUGGUGACAAAGGAGCAUGUCCAUGCCACAGAUUUAAAUGCAGGGAGAGGGGAGCAGUCAGGGAAACCUGCUGCUAAUAUUCAGUCCAGAGAAACAGAUAAUACUGGUGAUCUGUCCCAGUCGAUGGAAAUGGUGCCCCAAAAUAAUGCUAUUAUGUCACCGGCUGAGAACGUGGAGUCAUUCAGUGAACUUCAGAAUUUUGGUGGAUCUGAGGCUGUAACAGAUGACAUGGAGCAUGACCAGGAUAUUACUGGAGGAUUUGCCGAUGCUGAAGAUGAAUACAUGCAUGAAAAUUCUGAGGAUAGGGUUGUGGAGAAUGGCCUUGACUCUGUGGCGAUAAGGUUUGAAAUUCAGCCAGAUAUGCAAGAGAGUAUUGAUGAAGAAGAUGAGGAAGAUGAAGAGGAAGAUGAUGAAGAUGAUGAGAUGUCAGGUGAUGAUGUUGAUGAAGUUGAUGAAGAUGGUGAUGAAGAGGAGCACAAUGUUCUUGAAGAAGAUGAAGUGCAUCACCUGCCCCACCAUGAUACAGAUCAAGAUGACCAUGAAAUGGAUGAAGAUGAGUUUGACGAGGAGGUAUUGGAAGAAGAGGAGGAAGAUGAUGACGAUGAGGAGGAUGGUGUACUCCUGAGAUUGGAAGGUGGAAUGAAUGGCAUUAAUUUAUUUGAUCACAUUGAAGUUUUCGGCAGGGAAAAUAGCUUUUCCAGUGAAACGCUGCAUGUCAUGCCUGUUGAAGUUUUUGGCUCCCGCCGUCAAGGUCGGACUACAUCCAUAUACAAUCUUUUGGGUAGAAGUGGUGAUAUCACUGUUCCUUCUCAGCAUCCACUUUUAGUAGAGCCAUCUUCUUCACAAUUAGGGAAUAGUCGUGAUACUUAUGCUGAGAGAAAUUUGGAGGCAACCUCAUCUCGUGUAGAUUCCUAUUUCCGUUCACUUAGAAAUGGGCGUCAUGGGCACCGAUUUAAUUUGUGGGCUAACGAUAGCCAGGUAACUGGUGUAUCUAAUGCAUCUGCGAUGCCUCAAGGUCUUGAAGAAUUAUUGGUUUCUCAGCUGAGGCGCCCUGUUCCUCAGAGGCCUGAGCAAAACACUGUGGUGGCACCACAAAGUACAGAAGAGGUCCCUGGAUCUAUAGGAAUGAUGACAGGAGCAGGAGAUGAUGGCAACACUGGUAGUAGAAACGAGGCUCCUACUUCUUCCACUGUGGUGGAAACCCCUGCUGUUCCUGAUGCUGCUAAUGUAGCUAAUGAAUCAUCACAAGAGGGAGAUGCUUCAUGCAGACAGACUCAAUCUUCUGAGAUGCAGUUUGAGCAAAAUGACGUAGCGAGGGAUGUUGAAGCUGUCAGUCAAGAAAGUAGUGGUAGCGGUGCCACUUUGGGUGAGAGUCUUCGGAGUUUGGAUGUUGAAAUUGGGAGUGCUGAUGGCCAUGAUGAUGGUGCUGGGGAUCGAACGAGAAGGACCAAUGUAUCAUUUGGAAAUGCCGCACCUCAAAGUGCAAGGGAUGCUCCUCUUCAUAGUGUUACUGAGGUUUCUGAAAACCCUAGUCAAGAAGCUGAGCAAGGUGCUGGAGCUGAAGGUCAACGUAAUGCUGAUGCUGACUCAGGAUCAAUAGAUCCUGCAUUUCUUGAAGCGCUUCCUGAGGAGUUGCGGGCUGAGGUUCUUUCUGCUCAGCAGGGUCAAGCACCCCAGCCUCAAAAUUCUGAGCCACAGAAUGGUGGUGAUAUUGAUCCCGAAUUUCUAGCUGCCCUUCCCCCUGAGAUCCGAGAAGAAGUCCUGGCUCAACAACGAGCCCAAAGACUCCACCAAUCACAGGAGCUGGAAGGCCAACCUGUUGAAAUGGACACUGUUUCCAUCAUUGCAACAUUUCCUUCAGAAAUACGGGAAGAGGUCCUUUUGACUUCCUCUGACGCUAUUCUUGCAAAUCUGACACCAGCCUUAGUUGCUGAAGCAAAUAUGUUACGUGAAAGGUUUGCACGUAGAUAUAAUCGGACGAUUUUUGGAAUGUAUCCGAGGAACCGAAGAGGUGAAUCUUCAAGACGUGGUGAAGGUUUGGACAGAGGUAGUGGAAUCCUUGCUCGAAGAUCAACUGGAAGUAAGCCAAUUGAGGCUGAUGGCUUGCCUUUAGUUGACACAGAAGAUCUGAAAGCAAUGAUUCGUUUGCUUCGGGUAGUGCAGCCACUUUACAAAGGUCAGCUGCAGAGGCUUCUCUUGAACCUUUGUGCUCACUCUGAUACAAGAAAAGCUUUGGUCAAAAUCCUCAUGGACCUUCUAAUGCUGGAUAUAAGAAAGCCUUCCCAUGGUCUCAAUGCUGCCGAGCCCCUUUACAGGCUUUAUGCUUGCCAGAGCCAUGUGACAUAUUCUCGCCCUCAGUAUGUUGAUGGUGUUCCUCCUUUGGUAUCUCGGCGUGUUUUAGAAACCCUCACGUACUUAGCUCGUCAUCAUCCUUUUGUUGCAAAGAUUCUUCUUGAUUUCAGUCUGCCACAAGCAGUAUUGCCGGAGUCUGCAACCUCUGACAGCAAGGGGAAGGCCAUAAUGGCAACAGAGGAUGAGCUACAUGAGCCCCAUCAACAGGAACAGCAAGCAUCACUUGCUUUGUUGUUGUCACUUCUUAAACAACCACUUUAUUUGAGAAGUAUUGCACAUCUUGAACAGCUGCUACAUUUAUUGGAUGUUAUCAUUGACAAUGCCGAAAGUAAAGCAAAUUCAUCCGAUGAUGCCCGCUCAUCUGGUCCUGAACAACAGCCUGGUCCUCAAAUUUCGGAUGCAGAUAUUGAUAUGAAUACUGGUUCUGGUGUUGCGUUGAAUGAGGUCGAUUCUGGAAAAGUGUUAUCUGGCACUGAUACUGAAGGCAACUUGACUAAUGCUCUUGUUAAGCUGCCACAAGUAGAGCUUCGGCUUCUUUGUUCAUUGCUUGCAAGAGAAGGUCUGUCAGAUAAUGCCUACACUCUUGUGGCAGAAGUUAUGAAAAAGUUGGUUGCAAUUUCUCCUGUUCAUUGUCACUUAUUCAUAACGGAGCUGGCCAGGUCUGUACAAAGUUUAAUCAAGUCUGCAAUGGAUGAGUUGCACAUUUUCGGAGAAGUAGAAAAAGCCCUUCUUAGUUCAACUUCAUCUGAUGGAGCAGCAAUUUUGCGGGUUUUGCAAGCUUUAAGUUCUCUUGUCGCUGCCCUCAAUGAGAAGAGUAAUCAGAUUUUGUCUGAGGGCGAGCGUUCUAUGACUGUUUCUCUUGUUAAGGACAUCAAUGCAGCGCUGGAGCCAUUGUGGUUGGAGUUGAGUACAUGCAUAAGCAAGAUGGAGAGUUACUCUGAUGCAGCACCUGAUUUGAUGCAGUCCACUAUGCUUUUAACAUCUAAGCAAUCUGGUGUCAUGCCUCCCCUUCCUGCAGGCAGUCAGAAUAUCUUGCCAUAUAUUGAAUCAUUUUUUGUUAUGUGUGAGAAGUUGCAUCCAGAAGAACCAGGAGCCUUGCAUGAUUUCAAUCUUACUUCAGUUUCUGAGGUUGAGGAAGCUGUUGCUUCUUCCAGUCAGCAAAAGUUACCAGGACCUUUAGUGAAGGGUGAUGAAAAACAAGUAGCUUUUGUGAAAUUCUCAGAUAAGCAUAGGAAGCUUCUAAAUGCUUUCAUUCGGCAAAAUCCUGGUUUACUUGAGAAGUCUUUCUCCCUCAUGUUGAAGGUCCCGCGCUUUAUUGAUUUUGACAAUAAGCGUUCGCAUUUUAGAUCCAAGAUUAAACAUCAGCAUGAGCAUCAUCAUAGUCCUUUAAGAAUUUCUGUUAGAAGAGCUUACAUUCUUGAAGAUUCAUAUAAUCAGUUACGAAUGAGGACUGCGCAAGAACUGAAAGGCAGGUUGACCGUCCACUUCCAGGGUGAGGAAGGAAUUGAUGCUGGUGGACUUACAAGGGAAUGGUAUCAAUUGUUGUCAAGGGUAAUUUUUGAUAAAGGAGCGCUACUUUUCACCACAGUUGGCAAUGAAUCAACAUUUCAGCCCAAUCCAAAUUCAGUAUUCCAAACAGAACACCUUUCGUACUUCAAAUUUGUUGGUCGUGUUGUUGGAAAGGCUUUGUUUGAUGGACAGCUUCUUGAUGUCCAUUUUACACGGUCAUUUUACAAGCAUAUUUUGGGGGCGAAGGUGACCUAUCAUGACAUUGAAGCUAUUGAUCCUGACUACUUCAAAAAUUUGUGUUGGCUGCUCGAGAAUGAUAUCAGUGAUAUACUGGAUCUGACGUUUAGCAUUGAUGCUGAUGAAGAGAAGUUGAUAUUAUAUGAACGGACAGAAGUUACUGACUAUGAACUCAUUCCUGGUGGUCGAAAUACAAGAGUCACUGAGCAAAACAAGCACCAAUAUGUAGAUCUUGUUGCUGAACAUCGUUUGACUACUGCCAUUCGUCCCCAGAUUAAUGCAUUUUUGGAAGGAUUCAAUGAAAUGAUUACGCGAGACUUGAUAUCCAUUUUUAAUGACAAGGAAUUAGAGUUGCUAAUCAGUGGGCUUCCAGAAAUUGACUUGGAUGACUUGAGGGCGAAUACUGAGUACUCUGGUUAUAGUGCGGCAUCUCCUAUAAUUCAGUGGUUUUGGGAGGUGGUUCAAGGUUUUAGCAAGGAAGAUAAGGCUCGCUUGCUACAAUUUGUGACAGGAACAUCAAAGGUUCCUUUAGAAGGAUUUAGUGCACUUCAAGGCAUUUCUGGUUCGCAGAAAUUUCAGAUUCACAAGGCCUAUGGCAGUCCUGAUCACUUGCCUUCGGCACAUACAUGGUAAAAAUAAAAAGGAGAAUUUUACUUUUAAACUCUUUAGUGAAAUGCCUGUGUUGGCUGAAACUCCUCUUGUGUUUGGUUUUUGCAGCUUUAACCAGUUAGAUCUACCGGAGUAUCCUUCUAAAGAGCAUUUACAAGAGAGGCUUCUACUGGCAAUUCAUGAGGCAAACGAAGGCUUUGGGUUUGGUUAAGAAGUGCAGUUAUGAUUAGAGAAGACAAAAAUAUGUAGAUAUAAGGUAUCUCUUGUCGAAAAUAAUUUGAUGAAAGCAAAAUUGGUUUAGAGAAAGGCCAAUUGAAGGCCAAAUGUACAGUACAUUUUGUUAUGCCAAAUGCCGCUGGCAGUUUAAAUUUUGCUCACCGCCUUUUUAAUUGCUUGAUUUAUUAUUUUUUUUUUAAUGUAUGGAAUUUUGGAAAGAAAAAGAUUUUAGAUAAGAUUCCCUUCUGUUUCGAAAUGAGUUCAAUAAUAUACUUUUCGACGAUCUUUCACAUGAUAAUGAAAUUUUACAGUCCAG